CGGUAGCUCUGCGCUUUUCGUCACAGACGUAUUCAAAAUGGCGUGCCGCAUGGUGUGGGAAGCUGUGCUACGGGCAGGUUUGGAUUUAGGGGUCAGUCAGACCAGAGGAUUCGGAACCGCAGGUGCUUUGUGCCGCCGGGCUGCUCCGUUGGGUCCUCUGCCAAAUGAAGACAUUCAUUACAAGGAUUUGGAAUCACUGGAGAAAUAUCGCAGUUAUCGACGCUACCUGAAGACAGCUGAAGAAGCUGAAAAGAAGACGGUCUGGUGGAGAACAUACAGACAGUACCUCAAGGAAGAAAAGGGUGACAAUGAUCUUGAGCUGGUUGACAUUGGGCUGCCCCACUGCCGCCCCUCUCGCAUCAGACAGGUAAAGGAGAGGAAGAGACUGAUGAAACAGAAUCAAAGCAACUCCGAGCUGGAGAAGACCAUGCGUCACCAAACUUUUCGCAUUCCUCUAGAGCGAGUGAAGGCUGAGUGGGAACGCACCUGCGGGCCUUAUCACCUGCACAGGCUGGCCAAUCACUAUGGCGUCUACCGGGAUCUCUUCCCCGGAGCCCACUUCACUCCAAAGGUCAUGCUACGCAUCACAUACGGCGAGGAGGCUAGUGCACAGGUGCAUUAUGGGAACCAUGUAAACCCUGCACAGGCUGUGGCUGCUCCUCAUGUGAGCUUUGAAGCAGAGGAAGAUUCACUCUGGACCCUUCUGCUUACCAGCCCAGAUGAGCAUCUUCUGGACAGUGAAGGAGAGUAUGUACAUUGGCUGGUAGGGAAUAUUCCAGGCAAUGCAGUGGAAUCAGGAGAGGAGGUGUGCCACUACUUCCCACCAUUCCCAGCCAAGGGCACUGGGUUUCACAGAUUUGUGUUCCUCCUCUUCAAGCAGGACGCCCCUGUUGACUUUGAGCACGACUGCCGGCCCUCACCCUGCCACAGUCUGAAGCAGCGGACAUUCAAGACCGUUGAGUUCUACAGGAGGCAUCAGGACGUGAUCACUCCUGCGGGCUUGGCCUUCUUUCAGAGCCAGUGGGACGACACCGUCACCAACACUUUUCACACGCUGCUCAACAUGAAAGAGCCGGUGUUUGAAUUUGAAUGGCCCCCUGUCUACCACCCUCCUCAGAAGAAGUACCCCCACGGACAGCCCCUGCGAUACCUGGACCGGUACCGAGAUGGGCACAAGCCCACCUAUGGCAUCUACUGACCCUCACUUACGUGAGCUUGUUGUACGCCAAGCAGUGUUGUACAGUAUUUACAUGUGCUUUAUUUCAAAUAAAUACCAACAUAUAAGGGA